AUGUCGGUCCACAUCCACCUCGUCGACCAGCCGGAGUACUAUACCAAUCUUGACAUUAUCCACGGCGAAGUCAAGUUCUUUCUGUCUAAGCCAGAUGCCAUCGGCGCCGUCGUCGUCAAGCUCGAGGGCGAAUCGAGCACGUCGUUGACCGUCCCGCCCGUCGAGGACGAGGAGGGCUGGACGUAUAUGAACGAGUCCCUUCACGAUCUAGACCCGAGCCGGAACCCCGGCGGCACGAUUACACGGCCAGCGCCGGGCACUGUCGUGCAAGAAAACCACAAGAUUCUCUACCAAGUUGCCCAGGUGCACCCGCUCAAGACAGACGAGCCGCUCACAAGCAACACCCUGCCGGCCGGCCAGCACACGUUCCCCUUCCGCUUCAAGGUGCCCUUUAACAAUGCCUGUGCCGAUCCGGUGGCAUUGUCGCGUACGGGCGGCAUGGUCGACGUCGACGGCAAUGCCGAGAGCCCGAAUGGCGGCCCGCUUCGCUUCGGAGUCGGCAACAACGGCAUCCGCAUCAUGGACGGCACCAAGCAGCUGAUGUAUACCCACGUCAAGCAGACGCUUCCCCCGAGCUUCGCCGGCUACUUGAGCACCACAGAAACCACCGAGAUUCGGUACUUUGUCAAGGCCACUGUGCAGCGGCCGGGCAUGUUUCGGGGCAACUGGCGCAACUCGGUCGGCUUUAAGUUUCUGCCCAUUGAGCCCAUUCGGCCACCGCCGUCGACGCGCGAGAUGUUUGCGCGCCGGCCCUUUACCUUCCGCGACCGCGCUCCGCCGUCUGACGCGCCUCCCCUACGCAACUCCAAGAAGAAGACGAGCUUCUUCCGCAACAACAGCAGCUCGACACUCUCUUUGCCCGACAGCCAAGCAGGAGCGUCUGUGUCGCCCACAUCUCCCUCUUCGUCAUUGUCCACGUCGCCAAACACACUAAAGUUCCCUGUGAACGUCGCAUGCCGCGACGGUGUUACGCCUUCGAUUCAACUGAUCGCUUUGCUUCCAUUCCCCGCCAUUCUGACCUGCAACGAACCCCUGCCACUGCGCAUUGUCGCCCGCAAGCUUGAGGCCAGCCGUGAACAGGUCUACCUCACCUCGCUCGACAUUCGCCUCCUCGGCAGGACGCGGGUCAAGGGCCAGGACGUUGAGCAGACCAAGACAGCCACCUGGAUCAUCAUGACACGACUCGGCCUUACGAUUCCCGUAUGCGACCCGGACGCCCCUGUCGACAGCGAAUUGGAGCUACCCGACGACAUGUGGCGCCACAAUGCCCUACCAAACACCGUGAUGCCCGGCUUCGUGACAUGCAACAUCAGCCGCGAUUACCAGCUCGAGAUCCGCGCAGGCCUGUGUUGGAGCGUGCUGCCCAUAGACUCAGGUCCGCCGUUGGCAUCCGAGUCACUAACUGAUCAGCCAAGCAGCGGCCAGCUUUCGAAAAAGGAGUUGAAGGAGCAGUUGAAAGAGCAAAAGAAGGAGCAAAAGGCGGCCAUGAAGGCCAUGAAGGUCAUGAAGCCUCGGCCCGCGCACUUGCUUCCUCAGACUAUCAUUCUGCCUCUCACAUUCCACUCCGUACAGGUGUACUCUGGGAUCAAGCCAAACAAGAUGCUCAUCGACGCCGUCGAACGGCACCGCCAAAAUGCGCGUAUGCGGCAAGAACAAAUGCGGCGGGAAGGCCGGCCUUCACUGCCCGACACACGGCUACACCAGCCGUUUCAGCACCAGCUUCACCAAAACCCAUACCCAAAUGUCGACCCAAGCCAACCGCCAACGCCUGUCCGACAGCUAUCCCGGGCGACCACAUUCCCUGCGGAGAGUCCCUAUAGCCGGUACCCAUCACUUGCACACGUGGGCCAGCAACAUACGCCACUGCAGCAACUCCCUCAGCAGCAAUAUAUGCAGCAACCGUUCCAACACCCACUACAACAACCACAGCAUCCCCAUCCAUCGCAGGAGGUAGAACGACCCGUUUUCGAAUUGAGCUCCGAUCCGGUACCGGCACCGGCAGUGGCCCCGCGACCGAACGGCUCGGCGUACGUGGCCCCACAAUCGUCAUCGCCCUCCUCCACCCCGUCUGUUCCACCACCGUCCGUUCCAGGCGCCGUCGAAGUGUCAGGUCUGCCCGUUAUCCGCCGGCGGCCUGUUCCGCAGAAUUUUGCCGCGCAGCAGAGGGAAGAGCAGCAGCAGCGGCAGAACCGGGAGAAGUUCCCGUCGGGUGAAGACCCUGCCUCGGCGCAGUCGCACGGCAUCGGACGCAUGCACGGCUCUGUCAGCUGGCAUGGUCCCAACCAGCACUUGCACAUGCACCGUCGACAAACGUCGGUCGACCCGCUGUACCCACCGCAGUUGCGGCCCGGCGAAGAGCCUGCGGCCAUGCUGCCGACGGCACGCUCGUCUUCGACCGGCUCGGCGCUCACGCCCACGAGCUCGGGCGGCGCCAGCGGCGGCAUCGUGGCUCAGAACGGCGAGGUGCUGGUGACGUACAAUGGCGUUGUCUCGUCCAUGGCGCCGUCCGUAGCAUCUGCCAUCAACGCGUUUGCAUUUACCGACGGGGACACGGCCAGCAUCUACCAAGAGCCGCCACCGUCGUACGACGAAGCGAUGGCCGACACGGCGGCGGCCAUGGGGCUCAACGACAAUGACAGCGGCGGCGCCGCGAUGCGGCCAGCGUUUAGUGGGGAGGCGAACGCCAUUACGAUGCCGUCCAGCUCGUGA